CGCACCCCACUGAGCAGACACCGCCGGAGCUGUGCAGCCUCCGGCUCCCGGCGAAGCGUCUCCGAGGAGCGGCCCAGCGCGCGGAGCCGGGGCGCUGGCGAACCCCGGGCGCCUUCCCGCCUCCGUGCCCGGCGGCGCAAAUCCGCAGCAUCCGAAGAGCCCCCCCGCACUGCUGACGGCCGGCGGGCUGCCCAGCGCCCCGCAGCCCCGCAUUCCACCCGCGCCCCGCGGCGGGGGCGGCGGCGAGAUGGCUGCGCGCGUGGGCCUCCUGCUGCGCGCCCUGCCCUUGCUGCUGUGGGGCAGCCUGGACGCCCGGCUCCCGGAGCGCGCCGGCGGGGAGCUGCGCAGGGAGGCAGAGGCAUUCCUGGAGCGGUAUGGAUACCUCAGUGAACAGGCCCCCGGAGCUCCCUCCUCCACGCGACUCAGCAAUGCCAUCAGGGAGUUCCAGUGGGUGUCCCAGCUGCCCAUCAGUGGCGUGCUGGACCCCGCCACCCUCCACCAGAUGACACUGCCCCGCUGUGGGGUGGCAGAUACUGACAGCCAGGCAGCCCGGACUGAGCGGGUCAGCGCCCUGUUUGCUGGACGCCGGGCCAAAAUGAGGCGAAAGAAACGCUUUGCAAAGCAAGGCAACAAGUGGUACAAGCAACACCUCUCCUACCGCCUGGUGAACUGGCCCCAGCACCUGCCCGAGCCUGCAGUUCGGGGGGCCGUGCGUGCCGCCUUCCAGCUGUGGAGCAACGUCUCGGCGCUGGAGUUCUGGGAGGCCCCAGCCACAGGCCCAGCUGACAUCCGCCUCACCUUCUUCCAAGGGGACCACAAUGACGGGCUGAGCAACGCCUUCGACGGCCCAGGGGGCGCCCUGGCGCACGCCUUUCUGCCCCGCCGAGGCGAAGCGCACUUCGACCGGGACGAGCGCUGGUCCCUGAGCCGCCGCCGCGGGCGCAACCUGUUCGUGGUGCUGGCGCACGAGAUCGGCCACACGCUCGGCCUGACCCACUCGCCCGCGCCGCGCGCGCUCAUGGCGCCCUACUACAAGCGGCUGGGCCGCGACGCGCUGCUCAGCUGGGACGACGUGCUGGCCGUGCAGAGCCUGUAUGGGAAGCCCCAGGGCGGCUCUGUGGCUCCCCAGCUCCCAGGAAAGCUGUUCACUGACUUUGAGGCCUGGGACCCCCACAGAUCCCAGGGAAGGCGCUCCGAAACCCAGGGUCCUAAAUAUUGCCACUCUUCCUUUGAUGCCAUCACUGUAGACAGGCAGCAGCGACUGUACGUUUUUCAAGGGAGCCACUUCUGGGAGGUGGGAGCUGAUGGCAAUGUCUCGGGGCCCCACCCGCUGCAGGAAAGGUGGUCCGGGCUGCCCCCCAACAUCGAGGCUGCCGCAGUGUCACUGGAGAGUGGAGACUUCUACUUCUUCAAAGGGAGUCGAUGCUGGAGGUUUCGGGGCCCCAAGCCAGUGUGGGGUUCUCCACAGCUGUGCCGGGCAGGAGGCCUGCCUCGCCACCCGGAUGCAGCCCUCUUCUUCCCUCCUCUGAGCCGCCUCGUCCUCUUCAAGGGUGCCCGCUACUACGUGCUGGCCCCGGGGGGACUGCAGGUGGAGCCCUACUACCCCCGAGGCCUGCAGGACUGGGGUGGUGUCCCUGAGGAGGUCAGCGGCGCCCUGCCCCAGCCAGACGGCUCCGUCAUAUUCUUCAGGGAUGACCGCUACUGGCACCUGGACCAGACCAAGCUGCGGGUGGCUGCCUCGGGCCGCUGGGCGGCCGAGCUGCCCUGGAUGGGCUGCUGGCACGUGAACUCGGGGGGUGCCCUGUUCUGAAGGCACCCCCACCUCAUAGCGAACUUUGGGUGCUCUCAUGGCCAACGUGUGUGCCCUGCCCCAGGGGCAGAGCCUGUCUUGGGAGCCUCUGGGCCCCCCUGCAGAAGACCCAGCGGAGAAGCUGGCUGCGUUUGUUCCCUGGAGAACGUGGCAUUCAUUGUCUUGGCGCUGUUCCCCAGGACAUGGAAGUGGGGCUGGGAUCAAUCCGAGGAGAAGCCCAAAAGGGUCCCAGACUCCACAGCCUUUUUCGAAAGGACUCUUUCUUCCCUCGGGCUUGGGGGCUUUUUUUUUUUUUUUUUCUGCUAACGGCCCAGUUCCUGUCUAUGAGGCAGCAGCACUGGGCAACCAGGCAGGAUGCAAAUCUCAGCAGAGAGGUUGGGACCACUUUGCAAGACUGUUGCCUUCCCCGGAGGACCUUCUGGCUCAAUUCUUGGAGAACAGUGUCAUAUUUAACAGAGGCCCUGCCCCCAGAAAGCCUGGAUGGGUUGGGUACGAGGGUCUCCAACCUCGAGGCCCUGAGUGGGGUCAGGACCCAGAGCAGGAGGGAGACAGCUGCAGUCCAGCUUUCUGUGGGAGGCUGGAAUAAAGAGGUGUCCCCAGCUGGUGGGCCUGGAGGCACCAAUCAGCCUGCUUUGGAACAGCUUCCAGUGAGGGCAGGUGGGCGUGGAUGCUGGUGAGGUGGAGCCUGUUCUUACUUCUGACCGAGCCAGGGCCAGCAGGCUGUGAGUG